GUUGUGGUUGUUAAGACGCUUCUAUAUAAUUUUAUUUAGAUCUAGACUAGAUCUAGCUGUGUUUUUUCAGUUAUCAAUAUUAAUAUAUCUAGUCCUAGAUCUAGAUAGAGUUUAUAUUAUAUAGGGCCAGAUUUACCUAUAGAUCCAGGCAACACAAGGAAAAAAAAGCAAGUCCAUAAUGAGCUCAGUAAAGUGAUUUACCAUUAAGUAAAUUAGUAUCUCAUUUAUGGAUAACGAGAAAGAUAAAGACCUUGACCCAGCUUCAGGGAGCUCAAGAACUCCUGGGGACUGGAUAAAGGAUUUGUUUGCCCCAAUCUAUGACUUCGAUGCUGUCGUUGAGAUUGGGAAGCAUGGCUACAAAGCUGAAGAAAGCAAAAUAAAACGGGUACCUAUCCUAGACCCGGUGGCCAUCAGAGAAGUGUUUGAAAGAGUUCACCAAAGAAUCAUUGACAAUGAGCGAGAAGAAGAAGAGCUUGUUAAGGAAGCAACACAGAAAGAGUUAGACAAGAGAAUUGACCCAAGAGAAUCCAGCAUUUGGAAUACAGAGGAACUUGAUGUGCUGCGUAAAGUUUAUAAAUCUGCCAAAGCUGAGAUCACAAAGUUGGAAGUGGCCCUGCGAGAAGAAAAACAAUACAGCAGCAGACUUGAAAAGAAAGCACUGAGGCAGGAACAUGAGAUUGAAGUCUUAAGGGCCAAGCUAGCCGAGGCCACCAAGUCGAAUCAACGGCUUGUGAUACACAGAAACAGCCUUCAGAAAGACCUUGCUGUCCUUGAAGUCAAGGUGUCGGCUCUGACAGAUAUGUGGCACGAGAUAGAAGCUGAGAAGGUGAAGGCAUUUGAAGAAUCUAAAUCUGCCCAUAUUGACUUAGAUAAAGAACGAAUCCUUCGGCAGAAUCUAGAAUUAAAACUAAUGGAGUCUGAUCAAAAUUUAGCCUGUCAGAAGGCUUUGGUGGAGAAAAACAUGUCUGCUAAAUAUGAGAUGGAGAUUGCCGAUUUAAAGGAAGUGAUGCAAGACCUGACAAUGGAGCUGCAGGCAGAGAAGAAGCUUCAUGAAGCAUCGAGGCGAGGGCUGGAUCACCUGCGUAACCAUUUUUCAAGUUUGCCUCUACGGAACAUUCUCCCUCCCAACGCUGUGGUCAAGGAUGAAGUGGAUUACAUAAGUCAUUGUAGCUGACCUGGUUUGACCUAGUUCUGAGCUGAGCAAUAAUAGAAUGACAACUCUGUUGUUCCUUGUGGCCUGUGUAAACAAAGGCAUACGGUUUUGAAUCUCACUGCAAUUCUUACAAAUACAGCCUAAAUGGAGAUGUAAAGUAACCCAAGGGAAAUAAAUCCAUUUUCAUUGAUUUUAUGGAAGGGAAGCUACUCUAGAUACUUUUUAAAUACAAUAUAACUAAACUUACAAGAAGGUUAAAAACAUCCUUUUGGUUUUUGUUAUGUACUUAAUUGAACUUUAUUUCAUUUGCUAUUUAAAAACUAUCCAGGACUUUUCUUAUUUUUAUGCUUGUGUUUACAACAAAACUUUAUUCGUCCAUUUAUACAUUUAUCUGAAAGAGAAAAUGUACUAGUGAGGCAGUUUAUUCAACCAUUUUCUUGUUAGAAUUUCCUUUUCCACAACCCAAAAGAUAUGGUGCUAACUUUUCUCCAUAGUGUCAUCCAAUGUCCUUAUGCCUUUUGUCUCUAGAGUGAUUUGAUAGUACUUUGAUUAAUAACCUGAUGGACCAACUACUUUGUGUAUGUAAAUACUAGACAGAGUUGUUAUUCAUACUUUUCACCUGUUGAUUCAUAUCCUGAUGGAACAACUACUUUGUGUAUGUAAAUACUAGACAGAAUUGUUAUUCCUACUUUUCACCUGUCAUUAACAUUAACUUGUAGACUAGGAUACAAGUGGUCUACAACGCCUGUGUUGUGAGCACUCUCCUUUAUGGCAGUGAAAGCUGGUCAACAUACAUGUACCAAGAGCACAGAUUGAAUAGUUUCCACUUGCGCUGCCUGAGACGCAUAAUGGGCAUCUCUUGGAGGGACCAUGUCUCCAAUCAGGAAGUUUUGAGAUUGGCCAAUAUGAACAGCAUGUAUGCUCUCCUGACACAAAGGAGAUUACGCUGGCUCGGACAUGUCACCCGCAUGCCAGAUGGUAGAAUCCCGAAAGAUAUCUUAUAUGCUGAGCUUGUGGAAGGAGUCAGACCCAAGGGCCGCCCAAGACUAACAUAUAGAGAUGUCUGCAAGCGAGACAUGAGAGCCUCAGGCAUCAGUGAAAGUAUGUGGGAAAACAUAGCCAAAGACCGGAGUGCAUGGAGACAGACUGUGCUUGCUGGGACAACCCUUGCUGAGAAUAAAAGAAUUGAAGCGGCUUUAAUCAAGAGGGAAAAAAAGAAAGCUGCCCUGUCUGCUAGCCCUAAAUCAGAGGCAUACAAAUGUACGAAUUGUGGCAAAGUCUGCCGUUCUAGAAUUGGCUUGAUUAGCCACACCAGAUUCUGCCCCGUCUCAAGAUUAAGCCAAAACCAGUGACUCACUUGGGCGCAUCCAUUGCCUUUCGAGACAAAAGGAGCCAUAUAUAUAACAUUAACUUGAACAGUUACAGUUUUUUUAAAAGGCACAUUUAAAGAACAGUGUCUCCAGACGUUCAUAUGGUAUUGUGAAGAGCCAAGAUUUUUCUUGUACUGUGGUAUUUGUGCUGGCAGCUUGACACUCUCAUUAACUUUAGGCAGCAGAAAGAGGUUAAAAUGACAUGGAAAGUUUGGUCAUAAAAAAAAACUUUACUAGGUACUUACAGAGCUCUAUUAGUCUCAUAAGUGUUACAUUUGUAAUCUUGCUUACAUUCAAAUUACAUACAUCCCUCCCAGUGCUACAGCCCAUGGUGACCUCGGACCUUCUUCAACACAUCUUUCCAUUCAGAUCUCUUUUGUCUCCACGCCUAAGUCUGCCUUUGGGUCACCUGCUUCUUGUUUUUUCGCCAGUAUACUAUUUUCGGUUCUCUGUUCUAUGACAUUCUUCAUCUUUAAAGACAAUCAUCAUCAUCAUAAUCAAACUCCAUUAGAGUGAGGGCUUGAGAGGCUUAAAUCCUCUCUUGCAAAAGCCCUGGACAGAAACCCUGCUGUCUUGCGUAGUGCAUAAAUGUCGCCAUACAGGUAGAGAAAUUUGGGUUUGCCAGACUUGUCGAGACGGAGAUCAGCAAGUCUGGGGCAGUCAAACAGAAUAUGAGGCACGGUUUCCUCUUCUUCCCCGCAGCUUUAAAGACAAUAGAUGAGCCCAGAUGAAUUAGUGGAACUGUUUUCUUUUUUCUUGAAUUGGGGAAGACUCUGCCGAGACUAUACAUACCCAUUCUUCAGCAGUGGCGAAUGUUUCCACCUAAUAUAGUCAUGCCUAAUUCUUCUUCUUCGUUCUCAUUGUUAUGUUGGAGUGCUCAGAUGACUAGACCAAUAUAUGAGAUGAACUGUGCAGUGGUUUCCAAAUCAGGGAGCUCUCCAUAUAGUUUUCUUUCUAUUGGGGUGUUUUGAGGCCAGUGUUUUGUUUGGGCCUCAUGGUAAAGAGAACAGUUUUGAAAGACAUAGUCAGAAUUCUCUGGUGACACCCCACAUGGGCAGAUUUCACUGAUUCCAAUUUUGAGCUUCCGGUAAAUGUGUUGUCGCAUUCUGUUGUGUCCGGUGCUGAGUCGAAAGAUUAGACGUUGGUCUUGUCGAGAUAGCCUAUAGUAAGCGUCAUCUUUCUUGUGGUCAUGCCUAAUUUAUUUAUAGUUAAUAUAAGUUCAAUAAGUCAUUAAAUACUUUUUGUUCCAAGAAUCAUAUAAUGUGCAAAGUGCCUCAUGUUGGACAGUAUGUAUUUUGAAAUUCUUCAGCAGUGGCGAAUGUUUCCACCUAAUAUAGUCAUGCCUAAUUUAUUUAUAGUUAAUAUAAGUUCAAUAAGUCAUUAAAUACUUUUUGUUCCAAGAAUCAUAUAAUGUGCAAAGUGCCUCAUGUUGGACAGUAUGUAUUUUGAAAUGAAUUGUUAUGGUUAUUUACAAUGAAUAUUAGCUGUACACUAUUUCUCAUUAGGAAUACGAUCCAUAAUACAUUGGGUUAUUUGAGCGCAAUCAUGACUUACAUGUUAUUUCAUUUACAAUAAUGUCCACACAAAAAAUGUUCCUACUCAAAUAUUCAGCUUUGUGCAUAAAAACCCUAUUUAUUAAAAAUUUGCAUUUGGAUGAUUAGCAAUUUUAAUUCUACUGUUUGGUUUUCUAUUUACAUUUAUAAAUGUAGCAGUUUAUAUUUAUAUAGAUAUUUAUGUCACAGGCUUUUGUUUGGAGAACCAAGGGGCUUAGCCUUGCACCUUAGUUAAGGCAAAAAAACU